AUGGUAGAGGGCUCAUUGCGCAGUGUGGAACCGCUGGCGUAUUACGUAAACACGCUGUCUGAUUUCGAUAAGCAAGUUGUUAAGGCCCAUAAGGAUAAAGACCAAGAACGGAUCAAACAGCUAGCAUCAACUGGAAAUAUGAUGGACAUAGAUUUAUUCAUAUGUAUAAACAAGGCUUGGCAUGGCUUUGUUCUGUGCGUCCCUGCUGGCGUAGACGAAAGCGGUCUUGUCGACUUUUCUGAUGUGGUGAAAACUCCAUUCGAUGUUCCAGAUGUUGCUCUCUGUUGGGAGUUCGAAUUGUGCAUGGAAUACCAACAGCAGCGAAUGUAUAAGAUACGUAAGGAUUUUCGGCUCUUUAAAGACAUCGUCACCAGAAUUAAGAGGAGCUUUUACAUCGGCCGAUUUAAGCAGAUCACCUUGAAUGCUUUGCAGUUUGUUGCCCUUAGAGCUGCACCUCAUCGAUAUAGCGUUUUACUUGAGGACUGUGUCGAGUUCGCGAAAGAGUUCUGUGUUCAGACGCUUGCAUAUUCCUCCAAUUGGCGUGAGCUUGAGGAGCAGGUUCAUAGUAACAUCCAGAGAGCGACUGCUACUGGAUUCAGUGCCGAGAGGCUGUCGAGAAACAUCCGUAGCUCUGGUUGGCUGGGGAAUACCUUUCUUGGCGGGAUAGAUGUUAGCAGUGCGAUGUCGAACCGUUAUAUAUUACCGUUACUUUUUGCUCUGGUCUUUUUCCUCUUUGUGUAUCCGAUCGCUGUUGCCAUUAUUGUAGUCAAAUUAAUCAUGUAA